CUCUUCGACGACUACGAGCACUCAGGCUUCGACUACUACGAGCACUCCGACUCAGGCUUCGACUACUACGAGCACUACGACUCAGGCUUCUACUACGAGCACUACGACUCAGGCUUCUACUACGAGCACUACGACUCAGGCUUCGACGACUACGAGCACUCAGGCUUCGACUACUACGAGCACUACGACUCAGGCUUCUACUACGAGCACUACGACUCAGGCUUCGACGACUACGAGCACUCAGGCUUCGACUACUACGAGCACUACGACUCAGGCUUCAACUACUACGAGCACUACGACUCAGGCUUCGACUACUACGAGCACUACGACUCAGGCUUCGACUACUACGAGCACUACGACUCAGGCUUCGACUACUACGAUCACUACGACUAA